AGUGAGGCAUAGAGAAGAGAGAAGAGAGAGGAGAGAGGUCACGUGUGUCACAUUCUUCGAUUCGGCGGAGACCAAAGACUCUCUCUCACUCAACACUCCUCACUUCCCUUCCCACACCACUGGAACGGACAACUUCUCUCUUUCACUGCUCAAACCUAUGAUGGGUAGCGCCAGAGACAGAGACGACGGUCCCCUCACCUAUGCCAACCCAUCAUCAUCAUCCUCACCAAUCACAGUCUCCUCCGACCCUUUAGACAGUUUCCUCAGCGACCCAACUUCCCACAUCGGAAGCGCUUCCGGAAGCUUUCAGAACGAAGGCUUACUCGCCGACACCAGUGGCAGCAACAGCGACGCCGAGUUCGGAUUCUCCCGGCCUGAAUUCCGAACCACCCAACUCGUCGGAACCGUCGACUUGUACCAGCGCCAUGUCUUCCUCUGCUACAAGAAUCCCCAGGUUUGGCCUCCUCGCAUCGAGGCUGCCGAGUUCGAUCGCUUGCCGAGGCUGCUCUCCGCCGCUGUCUUGGCUAGGAAGUCCGAUAUGAAGAAAGAGACUCGGUUAACAAUAUGCGAGGGACAUGAUGGAACUGAAACAUCAAAUGGGGAUGUGUUGAUCUUUCCAGACAUGAUCAGAUACAGGAGGUUGACACAUUUUGAUGUUGACACAUUUGUUGAAGAAGUUUUAGUGAAGGAUGGUGAAUGGCUGCCUGGGACUCCAGAAACACUAAAAGGUUCAUAUAUAUUUGUAUGUUCUCAUGGAUCCCGAGAUCGCCGAUGUGGAGUUUGUGGGCCAGCGCUGGUCAGUAGAUUCAGGGAUGAAAUAGAAAUGCUUGCGUUGCAAGGAAAAGUUUCCGUUAGCCCAUGUUCACACAUUGGAGGGCAUAAAUAUGCUGGAAAUGUGAUUAUAUUUGGACCAAAUGUCAAGGGAGAAGUAACUGGACACUGGUAUGGAUAUGUUAGUCCAGAUGAUGUAUCUGCAUUACUUGAACUGCAUAUUGGGAAAGGAGAAAUUGUAGAUAGGCUUUGGAGGGGUCAGAUGGGUUUAUCGGAGGAAGAACAAAAAGAAUCUCAGUACCAGAGACUCCAGUUGAAUGGCGAAGCUAAUGUCGGAAAGGACAUGAGUGAGCUGGUACAAACACAGAGAACUCUUUCAAACAAUGGUGCUAUUAGAUCCUCAGCCGAGGUUAUGAGCUGCUGCCAGGAGUACGGAAGCUCUUCGUGCUGUCAAAACCCUGUGUUACCUGAGAAGAAGCAUUGUUCUGAUGCAAACGAGAAAUCAAAGAAAGUGAUAGCUGAUAAGAAAAAGAACAGCCGAAAUUUAGUCUCUCGGAUAAAUAGUGGCAAAGGGUCUUCAACACGAAGGGUUUGUUCUAUGCCGACAUGGUUGGAGAGCUGGGAGCGUGAAGAUACAUAUGCAGCUCUAGCUGUUGCCUGUGCUGCUCUAUCAGUGGCCGUUGCUUAUAGCUGCUACAAACAGUCGAGAUAGUCUACAAACCUCACUCACUGGUGUGCUAAAAUAUUUUGUAAUACACCAAUACAAAGAACUAUACUGAUUAUGGAAGAAGAUAGUUUCCCCAGAAAACUUACCACAGGUGUUGUAAAAUGUGGGCUGGGGAUGCAUUUGGUUUGAUCUCUCUUUCUUUUGUUCCUAUGUACCCAUAGAAGUUUGUACUUGUGCAUAUAUGAAUGUUUUCCCAAAUUACAUGAAUUCCACCGAUUCUUUUCUUCAAAAAAAUUUGGGUUUUAGUAUUCCUUAA